GCUUUGAAGUCUGAAAUCUGAAUUCCCCAUCUCAUCUUCCAUUUUCUUCUUACCCCACGUUCCUAUUGUGUGGUGCCAUUUAUCACUCGCACCGGUGAAGGAUUACUUCGUCCAGUCAGUGCAGAAUCUCCCUCCCAGAUCGGCAGCUGCGUGCGUGCGGCGUUGGAGCAACCUGACCGGCGGCAGCGCAUCUUGGUAUCUCUUCAAGCCCCCACACUGCCGGGGGAUUCAGUUCAGUACUUGAGUUCCAAAUGGAGCUCACAUGGCAUCAGAAUCCCAAAUAACCUCGCUCCUUUUUGCCUCUGCAUCCCACUGACGAGAUCGAAUUCUCUGGCAAAGUAGGAGGACACCAUCACCGAUGGGUUUCCUUCCCAUCCACAGAAUCAUCACACUGGCUUUCUGUGCAGCCAGCCUGCUGCCGUCCUGCGCGUCAGACAGCCGCCUUCUUCCCAACAAGCCUCUCACUUUCGGAAGCAAACUCAUCUCCGAUGACGGCACUUUUGCCCUAGGCUUCUUCUCCCCAUCCAACUCGGGCGGAAACCACUACUACGUUGGCAUAUGGUACAACAGCAUCCCCAAGGACAACGUCGUGUGGGUUGCCAACCGUGCCGCGCCAGUCACCGAUCCUUCGUCUGCGACACUUGCCCUGACAGACAGAUCCAACCUUGUUCUGUCCAAUACUGACGGCCAGCCGCUUUGGAUGGCAAACGUCAGCGCUCCGGGAAACCUGCCAUCAUCAGAGAACGUAACCGGAGAAGCCACGCUUGACAACACCGGGAAUUUUGUGCUCCGGACGUCAGAGGGUGCCGUCCUAUGGCAAAGCUUCGAUCACCCGACGGACACUCUUCUCCCUGGCAUGAACCUUCGAGUCACCCACAAUAGGCUUGAGCUACAACGGCUGAUUUCUUGGAAGGGACCCCAGGACCCAUCCCCGGGCAGCUUCUCCUACGGCGCAGAUCCGUAUCAGUUUCUGCAGCGCUUUGCCUUGAAUGGCUCAAGACCAUACUGGCGAAGUCCGGUAUUGACUAACUACUUGAUGGUUGGGUCAUACAUGGAGAGUAUCAAGUCCACUAUCUUCUUCACAGUGCGCCGUAUUGAGGAUGAGAUCUAUAUGGCCUUUGGCAUGCCAGGGAGCUCCUCAACUGUAAAGAUCAAGAUGGACUACUCAGGAAAGAUAAAGAUACUAGUCUGGAAUAGCAAAAUGUUGGAGUGGAAUGACCUGCAGGUAGCUCCUGAACCUGAAUGCAAUACAUACGGAUAUUGUGGUGCAUUUGGCUUCUGUGAUAACACAGAGCCUGUUCCGAUUUGCAAGUGUCUCGAUGGUUUUGAGCCAAUAAGCAAGGAAGACGGGAGCAAUGGUAGGUUUCCAAAAGGAUGCCGUCGCAAGGAGGAAUUAAGAUGUGGUCGAGAAAAUAGGUUCUUGACUUUGACGGCCAUGAAGAUUCCUGACAAGUUCGUGUAUGUCAAGAACAGAAGUUUCGAGGAAUGCUCGGCAGAAUGCACUAGCAACUGCUCCUGCACAGCGUAUGCUUAUGCCAAUAUGAACACCACGGCUAUCAAUGGGGAUGACACAAGGUGCCUAAUAUGGAUGGGAGAUUUGAUCGACACAGGCAAAGGCAAGCUCAUUGGAACAGGAGAAAAUCUUUACAUUCGAGUGAACAGAUUAAGUGAUAAAAAGAGAUGGGGAAAUAUACUGAAAAUUACUCUGCCAGUUGUAUCAAGUUUGCUCGUACUCAUAUGCAUGUGGCUUGUUUGGAUCUGCAACUGCCAAGCAAAACAAAGGAACAAGAAAAUUUGGAAGAACAUGAUAUCUGGUGCUUUGAGCAAUUCUGGCGAACUUGAGGAUGGAAAGUUUCCCUUCUUUAGUUUCCGAGAAAUUGUAUUGGCAACAAACAAUUUUUCUAGCUCCAACAUGCUUGGACAUGGAGGUUUCGGCAAUGUUUAUAAGGGAACAUUAGAACGUGGUAAAAAAAUUGCUGUCAAAAGGCUUAGUAAGGGUUCUGGCCAGGGGACAUUGGAGUUCAGAAAUGAAGCAGUUCUCAUUGCUAAGUUGCAGCACAGAAACCUAGUUAAACUUCUUGGUUUCUGCAUCCAUGGAGACGAGAAACUAUUAAUAUAUGAAUACUUGCCAAACAAAAGUUUGGAUGCCUUCCUUUUUAAUUCCACAAGAAAACCAUUGCUUCAUUGGUCAAUUAGAUUUAAUAUAAUCACAGGGAUAGCUAGAGGGCUUCUUUAUCUUCAUCAAGAUUCAAGACUGAGGAUAAUCCACAGGGAUCUCAAAGCAAACAACAUACUAUUGGAUGAUGAAAUGAGCCCCAAGAUAUCUGAUUUUGGUAUGGCAAGAAUAUUUUAUGGCAACCAGCAACAAGGAAACACCAACCGCGUUGUUGGCACAUAUGGUUACAUGUCGCCUGAAUAUGCUUUGGAAGGUGUGUUUUCUGUCAAGUCCGAUGUGUAUAGCUUUGGCGUUUUAGUUCUAGAGAUUGUGAGUGGAUCAAAGAUCAACUCUAUGCAUGUAAUACAAGAUUUCCCAAAUCUUAUAGCCUAUGCAUGGAGUUCAUGGAAGGAUGGGAAUACAGAAGAUUUUGUUGACUCAUCAAUUGUGGAGAGUUGUUCUCUUGAUGAGACUUCACGGUGUCUCCAUAUAGGGCUCUUGUGUGUUCAAGACAACCCAAAUGAUCGGCCACUCGCAUCAUCAAUCGUGUCAAUUCUGGAGAAUGGAGAUAUCUCUAUUCCACCUCCAAAGCAGCCAGUAUAUUUUAAAGAAAGGAACUGUGGAACAUAUGGGGCAUCAGACACAAUUGUGAAUUCUGUAAAUACUAUGAGCAUUACAGUGUUGGAGGGACGCUAGAAAUCUUAUUCCUGCAGAUACCCAAUUAAUAUGCUUGACUAUUUUCUUUUACGGACUUACGGCUGUAUAAUACAUAAUAAAGCAGCAUUUAGAUAUGCAGAAUAAGUAGUUUUUGUUAAAAUUUAGGCAA